AUGCCCAUCCGCUCCACGGGCUGUUUGACGUGUCGCAAACGCAAGAUCCGGUGCGACGAGGGCCGUCCGGGGUGUGAGCGAUGCGCCAUCCACGGCGUCCCGUGCCUGGGCUACCGCGCCGAUCAGCCCGCUGAGAUUGAAUUCAAGGACCAGACCAGCCUGACAGCCAAACGUGCGGAACAGAGGUAUAAGUCGAAGAAUGCCGGGGCGAGAAGUAGCAGCAGCGGCGGCACGCCAGACUCCUCGGCGCACACCGGGGCCCUCUCACGCACGACCAGCUCCUCCAGCGACUCCGUCGAUGAGGGCCUCCUCUCCGAAACCCAGAUCAUGCAAAUCCUCGCGGCCAACAAACCCAGCAGUGCCUCGCCCGUCCGCUUCCUGAGCCCCAUCGCCGAGCGCGCGCAGCUAUAUCAGGAGUUCAUCGCGAGCUACUUUCCCAAGCGCCGCUACGGCCUGCAGAGCGGCCACUUCACCUUCUUCCAAGCCGUCGUGCUCAAACGCUCCGACCAGGUCGUACUGGAGCAAGGCCUCGACGCGCUGAGCCUCGUGCAGCUCGGCAGCCUCCACAAGGACCAGCGCCUGCUCAAGCAAGCGGGCCGCGUGUACGGCAAGGCGCUCAACAGCCUCGCCCUCGCCAUCGGCCGCGGCGACUUUAUGCACGACGACGAUGUGCUGGCCGCCGUGUCGUGCCUCGCCAUCUGUGAGCUCUUCGAGGAAAUCGCCAACAUGGGCGGAGGCUGGGCGAAGCAUGUGCAGGGCUCGAAUGUGCUCUUCACGGCGCGUGGCCCGGAGAGCUUCAAGUCCGAGCUGGCGAUGCUGAUUUACUCCAAUGUCAAACAUGGCAGUUUAAUCUGGGCGCUGAUAUCGCGGAAAACGCCGUUCAUGGUGGACGAGCAGUGGGAAGAGUUGGCGUUGCGGGUACCGCAUGCCACCGAGGAUCCAGAGACCGCCUUUUACUCCCUGGCGCUGAGAGUGCCGGUCAUGCUGCAGCGGUACGAUGAGAUCAACACCACUUCGCCUACGGCCGAAUGGGAGAUUGAGGCGGUGCUGGACGAAUGCAAGGCGUUGGAGCUGCAGUUGCGAGAGUGGUGGACGGAGUGGCAGGACGGCGCGACGGUGGACAACAUGAACGAUCUCGAGCUACGGCCUAUCGACGACUUUCCCACCUUCACCUCGCUCGUCCCCGACCGCACCUUCGAGCACGCCUACUCUUUCCCCGAUUUCCAGACGGCCUACCUCUAUUCCGUCUUUUGGAUAGUGAUGCACUACCUGCGCUCCAACAUCCAAUCGCUCCAAAAGACGCGUCACGAGAUCUCCGUCGAUUGGUAUCCCGACGCCGACGACGUUGUCCACGAAGACGAGCUGCUGGGCUACGUCUUGAACCUGUGUCAAUGCAUUCCGUUCUUCGUGGAGCCAAUCAGCUGCUCCGCCGGACACAUCGGCAUCUUUCUCCCGAUGCGCGUCGCCGCAUUCUACUUCACAGCCCAUGGCCAUUGGCAAUGGCUGAAGUGGAUUGGCGCGGUGAGGAACAAUGUCUUCACCAAAGGCCUGUCUCCUCCCGUGGUUCCCAAUCGACCGAAUUUUGCGCUUCCCACCAGGCCGUCGGAUCCUUGA